CGACAGGCACUUGCUGGCUGCUGAUUGGACCAGAGACUUUACUCUAGGAGCGUUACACUGCUGCUGACUGGUUGUGACCGUGUAUUCCUUUACGAAAAACACAAACAUUGGAGUGAUAAAACCCACGUGGAGGUGGCUUGGCUGAGUGGGCGGACUGAGGGCUUGGGAUCACUGUCGCCGGGCGGUGAAGGAAAGCAGGAGCGGGGGUGUAGUUGUUGGGGGUGACCGUCUUGAGAAACAGCUGGCACAGUUUCAAUCAGGACAACCAUCAUUCCAUUCGUGUUAACAUGGUAGCCAGUAUGACCAGUUGGUAUUUGCUUGUUAUCUCCAGGAGUCUUCAACAGUAAGACGAUUUCUGAGGAGACCCUACUCAGACCAGAAGAUUAUUUUGCCAGGGGGACUUAUUUUUUUGAACUGGUGACCUAACCGUAUUACCAGUACCACGGCGACCCAAGGCGGGGAGAUGCUGUUACUGAGGCGGGAGGUGAGCGACGGUAAUCGACUCACCUCCGCUGCUGCCAAGGGGGACCUUGCCGAGGUGAGGCGUUUACUGCGCGAGGAGCUGUUACAUCCUGAUGCUGUGAAUCGUUUUGGAAGAACCGCUCUACAGACUAUGAUGUUUGGAAAUUGUUUAAUCGCAGAUGAGUUGUUGAAGAAUGGUGCAAAUCCCAACGUACAAGACAGUUAUGGCAUAACUCCAAGCCAUGACGCAACACGGACUGGCUUCCUUGACACAUUGAAGGUUUUGGUUGAGCAUGGAGCUGAUGUAAAUGUACCUGACUGUACUGGCAACCUGCCUAUUCAUAUUGCAGUUCAAGAAGGAUUCUUAAGCAUUGUGGAAUAUCUGGCUCCCAAGUCUAACCUUCAGCAUGCAAACUCCCAAGGGCAAACUGCACUGGAUAUCUCAAGACUUUGUGGGUUUUCUGCCAUCCAAGAGCUCUUAGAGCAUCCUCCUGGGAUGCUGGGUGUACAUUUGUAAUAUGUAUUAUCUGCACAUUGUCAGCAUUGGCAAAGAUGCUGUGUAAGCAUUAUGUAGCUGGGUUAUUGGCCCAUAACUUAUCCUGAAAAGUGUUAUCUUUUAAUGCUGGGGAGGGAAGUGGGUAGUUUGAAUUGAUUAAUGCGCACAUGGGAGAACUAAUGAAUUUACCAAGUAGUACUUUAUUACCAAUUUAUUUUGUCAGUUUUCAUCCCUUCAUGCAUGAAUCUUGUAUUACCCAUGCACUUGUUUGUUUGUGUCAGGCAUGUGGAAGGCAGUACUCCGAUCAUCCUUUGCUACACUGAGCUUCAUAAGGAGUUGCUUUCUGACAUAGACACAGUCUUCACAGAACUACUGCCCACGAUAUCUGACCUCCAGCAUAGUGCUUAAAUCUAAUAGCAAAUAUGUAGCGGGAUCUCAGGCUUGUGGUUUGAGGAAAGCAAAAGUAGAAAAUGCACAUAAUGUGACCUUUUUAGUUUAGAUUAAUUUUUUUUGUGGGUCGUGCUUGGCAGUUUUUCCACAUACACACACACAGACUGAUGGGUUACUGCCUCUUUGAGGCAUAUCUCUAUGCUGCCACAAAGCCAGCGAGUUACCCCUCCUGUAAAAUGAUGCACACUGUCCUUGUGACACAUUGAGACCUGGCAGGUUUUUCAUCUGUGAACAGAGGUGAGAAAAUGGCAUGUGACACUGCACUAGUAGAAAGUUUAGGUACUUGAGACGUGUAUUUAUAUAUCUAUAUAUUUUUAAUGUCUAGUCUCAUUUAUGUGUCUUUUUGUGCUACCUCGCCCUUUUUACUUUAGGGGGCUUUGUUUUGUUCUUGAGGGAAGAUAUUUGCACAAUGUCAAACUUCAGUGUUGCAAGCUGGGAUCAAAUGCUCAUUUUAUUUUCCUUUGCAGGAAUGGGUACUUAAAAAUACCUUUCUUUUUACCUUAGCUUCUCCAUUUUAAAACCUGAAUUCUGACAGAGGUCUCCUUCCUUCCUCUCCCUUUGUUUUUAUUAAAAUGUGAGUUAUAACAGUGUGGACACUGAAACACAAGUUAUAUAUGCAUUUUUAACUGAUCAAAAAUCUGCACUGAGAAAAAUACACACCCAGCUUGUUUAACUGUCUUGUUACAUUAAAGAACAAACUGGUGGAAGAAUCUAGUUUUUUUUCUUUUCUUCCCCCAGGCUGAGCCUGAAAAUGGUCCAGUAAGAUAAGUGCUCUAUCCCAGUCGACAAAUGCAUAUAAAUAAAAUAAUAUAAAAACUUAAAUGUUCCACCCUGCUGGGAACUGGACAAGAGUCUAGAAUUGUGAAAAAAAAUUAAUGGGGAUUUAACUUUGUUUUUAUCUUAUGAAUUGUUGAUUUUUUUUUAAUAUCUUAACGGUUGUAAUUUCCUGUCAAAUUGAUUACUCUUAAUGAAUUUCAUUGUGUGUCUUGUAUAGAGUUUGGGUGACACAAAAAUAUAUUGUAUUUAUUACGCUUUAAAAUGUUGUAUACACAUUGUAUACUUUUUAAAUAUUAAAUUAUUAGCCUAUUUCCAAAUUAAAUUUAUUGGCUUGGUGUUGCAAGA